UGCUUUUGUAUCACAAGCAAUUAUUAGAACUGAAACCGAGCAUUCGCCGGAGAUAACUACACAGUUAAUGGCAAUGGCGGAACCAAGGAAACUGAGAGGCCACAAAGCGACCGCCACGUGUUGUAUAUCUUCACGUGACCGGCCCGGACUUGUUGUCACUUCCGGCGAGGAUGGUUGCGUAUGCUGGUUUGAUUUGCGAUGUAAAGAUGUCCAGUUCACCAUUGACGUUGGGACAGAACCAGUUUCAUCUCUUUGUUUCAAGACAGGUAACGAGGACAUUCUCUAUGCUUCUCAUGGAAACGAAAUCAAGUCUUUCGAUGUUCAUAUGCUAAGUGCUGGUUCUUGGAAGCCAUUAGAGAGUUACAGUUACAACAAAGAUGAAGUAAACCAGGUGGUAUGCAAUGGAAGAUCAUCUUUUCUUGCUUCUGCUGAUGAUUCUGGUGAUGUCAAGAUUAUCGACGUUGGCCAGAAGUGUCUUUAUAAAACCCUUAGAGCUGGUCAUACAAGUAUAUGCAGUUCUGUGCAAUUCAUUCCAUGGAGACCUUGGGAAGUUAUUACCGGUGGACUUGAUGCAAAGCUUGUUUUGUGGGAUUUCUCAAAAGGUCGCUCGCAAAAGAUUAUAGACUUCAGCUCUGAUAACUCAGGACAAUGUCUAAACCCUGCGUUUGUUCACUCGAUAGCUGUUCCGGAAAUGGACAUGGUUGGUAAGUUAGACAAGAUAUGCGCCGUUGCUAGAGGUGACGGAAUUGUCGAUUUGAUCAAUAUCGAAUCAGAGCUUUCGCGAAAAGGAGCAUCAAAAGGCUGCGGUAGCAGCAGCAGCAGCAGAAACAAUGUGGCCAAAAGGGUGUGUUUAGAUUACUCUGUUGGUGGACACAAAGCUGCUGUUUCUUGUGUAGCGUUUUCUCAGUUUCAGGAAAAGGGUAGAUUCUUGAUCUCAGGUGGUAAUGAUAAGACGGUUAAAAUCUGGGAUUGCGUUAGAUGUCUUGAUUCAGACAAUAACGAUAACAGAGAUCUCCUCCAUUUGAAUAUUGACCUGAGCAAGAAGGUGAAUUGGCUAUGCACGAAUCAGUCUGAUUCUGAGAAUCUUGUGGUCUGUGAUACAACAAGAGUAGUCAAGGUUUACUCAAUCUCUUGAGUCUUGACCUCAGAGUGCGUUGGCUCUUACUGUUCACUUUUGUUACUAAGGCUUUAUGGGGCCUAUGAAUGGUUGCUUGAUCCACAAGUUAGUUAUUUGUUGUUACUUAAAACUGGUGAAAUUUUACUCUACUAUGCUUGUUGUAUAUAAUAAGCAUGUCACAAGACCUCUUCAAAUGCACCAAUCUUUCUCUC